AUGAUGAUUAUCUAUGUAUGGCCGAAAGAACAAGCCGGUAAUGUCUCGAGUAUUUUUGUGACGCCGUCAUUCAUAUAUAUAUAUCGGCGGGAGUAUUUACGUAGGCCAACAUCCCACGACGUUGCCAUGUUGUACGGUGCGCAUGAAGAACGACAUCAUUUGCCAGGGAUGCUCGGUAGCCUUGAUUGUACGCAUGUUGUAUGGAGGAGUUGUCCUAGGUCGGGGAAAGAGCAAUAUACGCGAGGGGAUCACAAAGUGCAGAGUAUCAUGACUGAAGUUGUUGCUUCGCAGGAUUUGUUAAUUUGGCAUGCGUUUUUUGGUCCUCCCGGAUUAAACAACGAUAUUAAUGUGUUGAUUCGGUCGUCGUUGUAUAAUAUUGCCAGAAAUGAAAUGAUUCCAGAUACGUCAUUCACUUUACGCGGCCGCUAUUACAAAUGUGGGCAUUUGCUUACCGAUGGAAUAUAUCCUAAGUGGCCUACGUUUGUUAAAGCGUAUCCGCACCUAGUUGAUCCAAAGGAAAAGAAAUUCAAGCGAGUAAAGGAGGCAUCCAGAAAAGAUGUAGAACAGGCUUUUGGGGUGCUUAAGGGAAAUUGGAAGAUUUUGGAACGUCCACCCCGGUUUGUUGAUAAGUAA